AACGAAUUGGUUGCCCUCUCUCCGGCGGCUUCCUCAGCACAUCUGCCUACCAACUCUGUCUCGCACUGAUUGACACAUCCACAUCACGAGCUUUGCUACUAUAUGCUUUUCUCUACUCGGAGACCUCCGACGGUUGACAGCUCUAAGGUGUAGUGGAGGAUUUGUAUAAUCAAGAAAAGGACAAUAACAUUCCUAUAAUUUCAAAGAAACGCUGACGUGGCUUCACUGGAACAGGAGGAAGAUCGUUUGGCCAGACUUGUUAUAAAGGACGAUAAUUAGCUUGUACCCGCUGAAUUCAAUCCUGCCGUGGUUGAAAUAAAGAUCUUCCUCUCGUCUCUUCGUCUUCUUCCUUUUCCGUUGGUUGUGGUUGUUGCUUGCGUGUAACAAUUGGUGUCGGAGGUGUUUUAUCUACACUAACAUGGCAAAUCGACCAGAGGAUCAGCCUCCCAAAUUGUUUCCUCAGGAUAGUGCUCCAUCAUUGCCUAGUGUACCACCGCUCUCCUGCCCACCAUUGCUGCAACCAUCAUCAGAUUACCCUCGCUGGAAGAGACGAAUGCAGGCGUUCCUGGACGUUUGCCCAGCAGCCCACCAUUUCGUCCACGUCUGCAACAACCUAUCAGACGAUACAUUCGCCCGUGCAGACGCUGCUGGGUUCAGUAAAACCAACUCCAUGCAAAAGAACUGGGAGAUCCUAGAUCAAUGUUUUGACCUGAGGCUGGGUUCUCAACAUACCCUAUUACAACUGCUCUCCCGCCGACAACUACCAGGAGAGAGUUUCCUGGAAUAUCUUAACGCUCUCCAGCUACUGGCAGCUGGACUUGACAAUCACGAUAGCCCUGGCGGCACAGAUCAAUUGGUAUGCACCCGUUUCGUCGAGGGAAUGUUGCCUGGUGACCUGCGCACAAACCUCCGACGUCAGCUCCCAGCCAACACGUCCCACUUACAGAAGAUUAUUCUCCGUUUCACGGACGCCGAGAAUGACCACGUGCCGACACCCAGUACCUCUAUGUGCCCAGUAUCAACAAAACCCAAUGCACCCCCCGUUCGCCGCAACCGUUCACGAAGCCAACAACGCUCAAAUGGGGACGCUACCCGUCGCUGCUACUACUGUCAACGCUUCGGGAAGAAGGCCCGUAAGUGUGGCCACAAUCGCCAGCCGGACCGCAAAAGAAACGCUGACGUGGCUUCACUGGAACAGGAGGAAGAUCGUUUGGCCAGACUUGUUAUAAAGGACGAUAAUUAGCUUGUACCCGCU